CAAACAUUCGAUGCAAAGCCGGAAGUAAACGACAUAGCUUGGUUGUCAGGUCUCUAACCGUUCAGAUAGGUUAGUAUGAUGCUCUCGCCGUAUCCGAGUUAACUCCCGGUUAAUUUCUCCAGAAUGGGAGACGAGGAGGAGCAGCAGCAGCGCUCCUUGAUGUUUCUCCUGACCUACAUGUUGCUAAAGCGCAGGAGAGACCUAAACCACGCAGACAUCCAGAGGCGAGAUGAAAUCCAGAGGCGCAUCCGACAUCGACAGUACUUCUUCCAGAGACAGAGGAGGAUGCUCAUGAUGAUGAUAGCGGGAGGAAUGCGCUCCAACGUCCGCAUCCGCACCCGACCCUGGACAACCACUCCCCGCUCCGAUUGGUGGGAGAGGGUGGUGAUGACGGAGUUCCAGCCCUCUGAUUGGCUGGACAAAUUCCGGAUGAGCCGGGAGACCUUCUUCUACCUGUGUGAGAAGCUGAGGCCCCGCCUGGCGCGCCAGGACACAAGCUUCCGGCUGGCGCUGCCGGUGGAGAAGCGCGUGGCCGUGGCCCUGUGGCGUCUCGCAUCCAACGUUGAGUACCGCACCAUCAGCACUCUCUUCGGCGUGGGGAAGUCCACCGUGUGCAGGUGUGUCAGAGACAUGUGCCACGCCAUCGUGGCUCUCCUCAGCUCCACGUACCUGCGUCCCCCCACCGAGCAGGAGCUGGAGGAAUCGGCCCAGCUCUUCCACUCCUACUUGGGCUUUCCUCACUGUGUGGCUGCCAUCACAACGCUUCACACAGCCAUCAUCACCCCAUCGAGCAACGCGUCAGACUACGCCAACCCCGCUGGCUGGCUGUCUGUCCUGUCGCAGGUUGCUAUCAGCGGUCAGGGCUACUUCUGGGAUGUAUGUGCCAGUUUCCCCGGUGGGACCGAUCCAGCUGAGAUCUUACAGAACUCCGCUCUGUGGGCCACAGCUGCUGAGGGAGGACUGUCUCCUGCCCAAACGCCCAUCUUCAUGGGAAAACCACUUAGGUAUGUGUUGCUGGGGGAGGCCUGCUACCCGCUCCAGAGUUGGCUCAUGAAGGCCUAUCCGGAGCAGAAGAGCCGACGGGGAUGUCGCACGGCGUUGCCGGAGCCGCAGCAGCUGUUCAACCGCCGCUUCAGCAGAGCCCUGCGUGCCUCGGAGGAGGCGCUGCUGAGGCUCAGGGCGCGCUGGCAGUGCCUGAGUAAGAGGAACGACUGCGGGCUGGACGUGGUGCCCACCAUGAUGCUGGCCUGCUGCAUUCUGCACAACAUGUGCGAGUCCCACAGAGAUGCCUUCAAAGCAGAGUGGCAGGUGGAGGUGUGUGAGGCAGAGAACCCCCAGCCCUGCCACAAAGCCCUGGCUCCUACCAGCAUGGACCAAAGUGAUGCUGAGGAGGUCCGAGGCCUCUUCUGUGACUAUUUCCAACAGCAAAGAACCUGAAUUUAGCUGCUGAAAAAGCUUUCUUAACUGGCGAAUCAAUUUUGUCUUUGCAAAUAUAUAACCUACUGAAUUUGUGCAUUCGAGGCAUAAACACUUUUUGAUGUUGAACAUA